AUGUGACGAUGCCAAGACGCAGCCUUUGAAUCUGGAGAGGAAAAGGGAAGGGUUGGUGAGCGACGGGCCGCCGACCCACCGACGGACGAAAUAUAUAAAUCCCCAGAACCUUCGUUUUGCAGUGUUCAUCGCCAUCAGCUGAACUGCAGGUUCGAAUCGGACCACUUUGACCUGUGCAUUGGCUUGGCUGGUUUGCUGCGAGGGGAAAGAGGAUUCACAUUUUUGCAUCAAUCCAUAAGCGGUUGCACUGCCUCAAGAAUCAAUGGCAGAGAAAAGUCAACAUCAACAUCAAAAUCACAAAACAAUCCCUCUGUACAUGAAAGCGAUUUCAGGGUCAUUAGGGGGGAUUGUGGAGGCAUCUUGCUUACAGCCCAUUGACGUUAUAAAAACCCGGCUUCAGCUGGACAGGUCUGGUAAUUACAAGGGGAUAAUCCACUGUGGCUCCACUAUAGUACAAAAUGAAGGCGUUCGGGCUUUGUGGAAGGGGUUGACUCCUUUUGCUACUCAUUUAACCCUCAAGUAUGCACUUCGGAUGGGGUCCAAUGCAGUCCUGCAGUCUGCCUUCAAGGAUUCUGAAACUGGGAAGCUUAGCCCUCAAGGGAGGCUUCUCUCAGGGUUUGGAGCUGGUGUGCUUGAAGCCCUCAUUAUUGUUACACCUUUUGAGGUGGUGAAGAUCAGAUUACAACAACAGAGAGGUUUGAAAUCUGAACUUAUGAAGUAUAAGGGACCAAUACACUGUGCUAGGACUGUCAUUCGUGAAGAAGGCCUUCGGGGUCUUUGGGCAGGAGCUACCCCUACUGUAAUGCGCAAUGGGACGAACCAGGCCGCCAUGUUCACAGCCAAAAAUGCUUUUGACGUGAUUCUGUGGAAGAAACAUGAAGGUGAUGGAAAAGUCCUUCAACCUUGGCAGUCUAUGAUAUCUGGAUUUCUUGCAGGAACAGCUGGCCCAGUGUGUACUGGUCCCUUUGAUGUUGUGAAGACAAGACUGAUGGCUCAGAGCCGUUCUGGGGGUGAAUUGAAGUACAAGGGCAUGUUUCAUGCUAUCUCAACGAUAUAUGCAGAGGAAGGGUUGCUUGCCCUGUGGAAGGGUCUGUUACCCAGGCUAAUGAGGAUCCCACCUGGCCAAGCCAUUAUGUGGGCUGUAGCUGACCAGGUGAUUGGUUUUUAUGAGAGGACAUAUAUGCAUAAUGCACCCUUGUAGAUACCCUUGUUUCUUAGACAUCAGUUCAGUCCCAGGGAUAAGAGUUCACAAGUCCUUUAGGUUACUUUGGUCAUUUUUUGCUCUGGCUCUUUCUAACUAAAAGAGGGAAUGAGCCAGUGUUUUGGUGUCAUGCAUGGCAGUUUUCAACUACAAUAGCUGGUGCGAUCUAGUUUAUUCAUUGCUUGAAAUUCAACAAAUUUAGAAGGUUGAAAGACAGUAAGGUGCCAUAUUGUCAUAUGCCUCUUCAAUUUUCUGUAAGUGUGGCCAAGUUUAGCAGUCUAUAAAGAUGCAUGUCUAAUUAUUUUUCUCAGAGUCGGGGGUUCUUUAUCUGUAGAACGUACUGCAGUUCUUACUGAAGAAUUCCUAUUGUAUUGCCACAUAAAUGCUUCUGUGGAAAAUCGCCAAAAUAUUUUUCUAGGUUGUGAUAACAGAUAUGACACCAGAUGAAGUUUUGGUUAAGUGAAGAUGUACUUAUUGAGAACUGGAGGAGGUUUUCCUGUUAUAAGGGAGCCCGAUAACCUUGGUGAUGGAGAGCAUCUUGUUGAUGCUGUUCUAGAGAUGUUGAACUGUCUUGUUUAAAUUGCUUCAAGUUUUCUCCAUUGUAUGUACGAAA